GUUGACGAAAGACUGACUGUACAUAACUCAUGUCAUCUGAGGGUUUGUUUCUGUUAGGAAUCUGGCAAUAUGGAUUCUUUCUACCAUGACGACAACCUGCUAUUUAGUGUUGGUAACCUGUUUGCUGCUGGUACCGACACCACCGGGACAACCCUGUGCUGGGGUCUGCUGCUAAUGGCCAAGUACCCCCAUAUACAGGACCGGGUCCAGGAGGAAAUCAACAGGGUUAUUGGAAUUCGUCAGCCCUUGGUAGAGGACAGGAAGAACCUUCCCUACACUGAUGCAGUGAUCCAUGAGACCCAGAGACUAGCCAACAUUAUACCCAUGUCCAUCCCUCACACCACCAGCCGAGAUGUCACCUUCCAGGGAUAUUUCAUCAAAAAGGGGACAUCUGUGAUUCCUCUACUGACGUCCGUCCUACAGGAUGAUAGUGAAUGGGAGACCCCCCACACCUUUAACCCCUCCCACUUUCUGGAUGAGCAGGGAGGAUUUGUCAAGAGGGACGCCUUCAUGGCCUUCUCUGCAGGUCGUAGGGUGUGUCUGGGGGAGGGUCUGGCCAGGAUGGAGCUCUUCCUCUUCUUCACCUCCCUCCUGCAGCACUUUCGCUUCUCUCCUCCUCCUGGAGUAACGGAGGAUGAUCUGGACCUCACACCAUCUGUGGGGUUCACCCUCAACCCUUCACCUCACCAGCUCUGUGCUGUGAGCCGGGUCUGAGAUUUUAACAUGAAAAUAUUGGUGGGACAAACUCAAUCAAAAAAGCUAAUAUGCAUCAAAACCCAUUAAAUGCACCAUCAUAAUAACCAAUCCCAGAAAUUAGUUUGCGUGACAAACAAACAUUAUUAUAUUUUCUUUGAUCGGUGCAUAGGCUGAUUCCAAUAUCCUUUUAGAUUUAAUUGCAAAGGAAGACCACAGUAGUCGAUUAUGUUCCAGCUAAGAAUAAAGUUUAUAAAGCUUC